CGGUGCACCUUUAUCCGAUCUUUAUCUGAAUUUAGCCUACGAAAAUAAGAAAAAAAAAAGGAAAAAAAGAAAAAAUUAAAUAGAGGAUUCAUUCAUCUGUAUUUGGAUUUCUUAAAUUAUUUUGACAAUCUAUAAUUUAGGGUUUAAUUUUUCUGGAUUACAGAUUCAUCUAAAAAAUUAGGGUUUUUGGUAUUCUGGAUGUAAAAUUCAAAGCAAAUUACAAGUGGAUUGGAUUUUUUUGUGUUGACCGGGAGCUGAUAUGAGAGCUGGAAUUGAAGAUUCUUAGAUCAGUGGAUCAAGAAUAUUCUGGAGGAUGGGGACUGAACUUGUUAGACAUUGCAUCAAAGAAGAAGAUAUGGACAUUUCAGCAAUUCCGCCUGGUUUUGAGUCACUUGCACCCUUCACCCUAAAAAAGGUGGAAAAUAACCGACUCAUGAUUAAUCAGUCAUCCACAGCGAGUGUGUCAAAAUUACAUCGAAGUCAGGUAGAAACAAGUAUUGAAGGUAAUGAAGAUGGAAAGAUGAUGAAGUCACUUAGGCGUAAACCUGGGGUGAACUAUGGGAAAUAUGAGAAAAGCUCAGAAGAUGAAUCUGGUUCCGAUCAGAAUCCCUCUGUAAGGCCUUCACUUCCAAAAGGGGUCAUCCGAGGAUGUGAAGGGUGUCUCAAUUGCCAAAUGGUAACUGCGAGAUGGCGGCCAGAGGAAGCUUCUAGGCCCGAUCUUGGGAACGCUCCAGUGUUCUAUCCAACUGAAGAGGAAUUUGAAGAUACCCUGACAUAUAUGGCUAGCAUACGCACCAAAGCAGAGGCAUAUGGUAUUUGUCGCAUAGUACCACCUGCUUCGUGGAAACCUCCAUGCCGUCUUGAGGAAAAAAUUAUAUGGGAGAACUCCAAAUUUGCUACCCGUAUACAGAGGAUUGACAAACUUCAGAAUCGAGAUUCGAUGAGAAGGAUGUGGGAAGCUAAUAUUCAUAAGAAGAAGAAAAGAAGAAGAUGCUUAAAACCUGGAGUAGACCUGGGUAAUGGUAGUGUUGACAAUAGGACCCCUGGUGAAGCUGCUAUCUUUGAUGCUGAGAGGUUUGGAUUUGAACCUGGUCCAGAGUUUACUCUGGAUGCAUUUCAGAAAUAUGCUGAUGAUUUUAAGGCCCAGUACUUCAGGCAAAAUGAAGGACAGUGUCCCUCAUUGGAGAACAUUGAGGGUGAAUAUUGGCGGAUGGUCGAGAAACCCACUGAAGAGAUUGAGGUGCUUUAUGGGGCUGACUUGGAAACUGGAGUAUUUGGAAGUGGAUUCCCUAAACACGACCAUCAAGUUGGCUCUUCUGACACGAAGUAUGUGAACUCAGGGUGGAACUUGAAUAAUUUUCCAAGGCUUACAGGUUCUGUUCUUACAUAUGAGAGCAGCGAUAUAUCUGGUGUGUUGGUGCCUUGGCUUUACAUAGGAAUGUGCUUUUCAUCAUUCUGUUGGCAUGUUGAAGAUCACCAUUUAUACUCAUUAAAUUACAUGCAUUUUGGGGCUCCAAAAAUGUGGUACGGUGUGCCUGGAGCAGAUGCAUCGAAGUUGGAGGCUGCUAUGAGGAAACACUUGCCUGAUCUCUUCGAAGAGCAGCCUGACCUGCUUCACAAACUGGUUACACAACUAUCUCCCUCCAUAUUGAAGUCUGAGGGAGUCCCAGUUUAUCGUUGUGUCCAAAAUCCUGGAGAGUUUGUUUUGACCUUCCCAAGAGCAUAUCAUGCUGGUUUCAAUUGUGGCUUCAAUUGUGCUGAAGCAGUAAAUGUUGCUCCUGUUGAUUGGUUACCCCAUGGGCAGAAUGCAAUUGAGCAUUACCGUGAGCAAGGCCGGAAAACUUCCAUAUCCCAUGAUAAACUAUUACUAGGAGCAGCUCGAGAUGCUGUCAAAGCGCACUGGGAACUCAAUUUACUGAGGAAGAAUACCUCAAAUAAUUUACGAUGGAAAGAAGUUUGCGGAAAAGAUGGAAUUUUGUCAAAAGCAUUAAAGAACCGUGUUGAGAUGGAGAGAGUCAGGAGGGAGUUUCUUUGCAAUUCUUCACAAGCACUAAAGAUGGAGAGCACUUUUGAUGCUACUAAUGAGAGGGAAUGUAGUGUGUGUUUUUUCGAUCUACACCUGUCCGCGGCCGGCUGUCACAAUUGUUCGCCCGACAAAUAUGCAUGCUUGAACCAUGCAAAGCAACUGUGUACUUGUUCCUGGGGUGCUAAAUUUUUCCUCUUCCGUUAUGACAUCAAUGAAUUAAAUGUACUAGUUGACGCUUUAGAAGGGAAAUUGAGUGCAAUUUAUCGAUGGGCAAGACAAGAUCUUGGAUUGGCUUUGAGUUCUUAUGUAAAUAAAGAGAGGCAAGUUGCAGGGAUUGCAGGUAAAUUAUCUCUUAAACCUGAGGAAUCAGUGCUAAAAGAGACAAUCACAGGACCCUCUGUAACUUCCGUGAAAAAGGAAAAAGAUGGUGGAAAUUCAACACUCUCGAUAAGGGCCAGCAGCACUGGUUUUUCAUUGCAUAAAGAUAAACAAUCCAAGGAGCCAUUAGCUUUGGAAUCAAUCAAGACGUCCUCUAUGCCUGACAAUACUUCUCAUGGAAUUGAGGGGACACAGAAUGGCUUUCAGAGCAAAAGGGAUGAAUCCAUAAAGGUGGUUCCUUCUUAUAGAACUCAAUUUACUCAGCUGUCCGUUGAGGGUGGUUCAUGUAGUAAGAAAUUAUCAACAGAUAAGCGUGAAGUGAAGGGAACUUCAAGUCUUGGUGAUGAUGUUGUGAUCCUGCUCAGUGAUGAUGAGGGAGAUGAGACGAACAAUUCAAUUCCUUCGAGAGAUACUGUGGGAAAGCAGACAGUGAACAUAGGUAACAGUGAUAAACCUGUCCCAACAACAUCCAUUGAUAAUGCAAGAGUCACUGAAUAUGGAAUUAAUGGCUCACCUAUUUCAGAGAGCAUGAAAGUUGAGGAUAAUGCAAAAGAUGAAAUACAUUUUGGACCUAAUCGAGAUACUCAUUCUUUCGUUGGAGGUUUGUCUGUAAAUAUGGAUAUUGAUAAACAUGCUCAAGGCUGUCAGGUUACAAAAGGGACUUCAGGCGGUAAUAUCAGAGAUGCAGAUACUUGUCCCCAGUCCCGGCAACCAUUUGGCUGUAAACCAAAUAAAGAAAAUAGCCAAAACAAGGCAAUGGAGUGUGCACAACCUUUAUCAAGUGACUCUCCUGUCUCUCAAAACAAUUUGGACAGAUGUUUUCGCCAGAAAGGUCCUCGUAUUGCAAAAGUUGUGAGGAGAUUCGCUUGCAAUGUGGAACCUCUGGAUUAUGGAGUUAUCCAGCCUGGCAAGUUAUGGUGUGACAACCGGGUUAUUUAUCCCAAGGGAUUCAGGAGCCGGGUCAGAUACAUUGAUAUUUUAGAUCCAACAAAUAUGUGCCACUAUGUUUCUGAAGUUCUAGAUGCAGGACGAGAUGGCCCAUUGUUUAUGGUUUCAUUAGAGCGUUGUCCAAAUGAGGUGUUUGUUCACCUAUCCCCUGUCAAAUGCUGGGAUAUGGUCCGCGAGAGAGUGAACCAAGAAAUAUUAAAGCAACAUAAGUUGGGAAAGCCGAAGCUUCUUCCUUUGCAGCCACCUGGAAGUGUUGAGGGCAUGGAAAUGUUUGGUUUUACUACAACAGAAAUCGUACAGGCCAUUCAAGAUAUGGAUUCAAACCGGGUAUGUUCUGAAUUCUGGAAAUCUAAACCGUUGAUGCAGACAGUACAAUCUUCCCUAGCUGUGGACAGUUCGAAACUCAAUAUAAAAUCCGAGAUCUCAAAUGAUCCUACCGGAGCUGAUACAGUUCUGAGUGGCCUACUCAAGAAGGCAAACUGUGAAGAACUUCAUGCAUUGAACAAUCUUCUCAAAACCAAUAAUUUGACCCCUAAUCAAGGUUUAAUGACUCGCCUUCUUAAUGAAGAGAUCGAUAAACGAGGUAGAUGAUUUUGAUUUUCAGCCUCGUCGAGGCCUGGACUUCUCAUAAGGAGUUAACCCUGUAAAUGCUCAAGUCACAUUCUAGUUUUAGGUUAAAUUGCAUUAGGUUGACCCCCAUUUCUUGAAUUUUUGCACUGGCUCUUAAUAGAAAAAAAAAAAAAAAAGAAGGCCGGCACAUAGUGUUAACAUUUGGACUUUUGGUUCUUGAAAUUCUUUGAGGAGGGUGAUUGAAAAUAGAAAAAUUACAUUUUCCAAUCUUUGCUAUGGAAAGUUCUGGAUUUAAUACU